AUGACCAAAGGACGCAACAUGACUAAAACAUGGGUUUGCUGGAACAUAGUGGACUAUCCCAUCCCCGAGGGUCUUAAUCCUACUGCGGUUUUUAAGAAUACCAAAUCUGCUCUUGAAAAUCAGGGAUAUUAUGGUGACUUGUUUUUCACAGUUUAUUGUGAUGAUAAGAACUGGCAUGAAUUGUAUCCUCACUAUUCUCGUGACGAAGUCGGUUUACAAAUCGUACGUGACUCCCUUGCGGUAGUUGAUAAUAUGUUAGUGGACAUUCUUUUAUGGGGAGUCGAAAAUCCGAUACCAUCAAAUUUUGUGUUAAUCACAAACAAUGUUUCAAAAGAAACAGAGCUCUUUGGUGUUCUUGAAGAUUUGAAAUCAGAAAAUUACAAUAUUCUUGUUGCACAGUUUGAGGAAGACGCAUCAUCAGGCUUUGUACGGAUUUUCACAAGCGUGUUUGAUGGAGGAAACCCUAGCGACCAAAAAGAAAACUCACAGGGUGUUACUAAUAAGGAUUUUAACCGAGAGGCUAAAAUAGGCGUUUUCUGGAACAUGGAGGAUUGCCCAAUCCCCAAGAGUCUUGAUCCUGACAAGAUUUAUCAGAAUGUCAAACCAGCUCUUGCAAAUCAGGGUUGUCAUGGCGAGGUACCAAUAUGGGCUUAUUGUGAGAAGAUCAACAACUUGUCCCUUGCUGAUGUCACCUUGGUACCCGUAGGAGAUAAAUCUGCGAGAUUUAAGAAAAUGCUUAAGGACAUUUUGUUUUGGGCGCGGCAAAACCGUGGGAGCUAUCCUAGUAUAAUUCCCGAUUUGAUGGUGAUCUCAAAUAUCACUGGAAACACGGUGUUUGUCCGUGUUCUUAAUUCUUUGAAUAGUAAAUACAAUGUUCUAUUAACAUUGUCUGAUGUGGGCAAAUACAUAAGUGAUGUAUGGCUUCAUCCAAGCCUUAUGCCUAAUAAAAGCGAAUACAUAGGUGAUGAAUGGCCGGAUCCAAGCCUUAAAGGUGAAGGAAACCCUAUUGACCAAAGAGAAAGCUCAAAUGGUGUUGAAUUUAAUACGGUGGAUUAUAAUUUCAAAUCAGCUAUUAGGAAUCAGGGUGAUUAUGGUGAAGUGUUAAUCAAGGCUUAUUGGGAUGACACAACUGCUAAUCUUGAGACAACGGGCCAUAAUAUCCAAUCAGUUGUUAUUGGAAAUCAAAAUCCUUAUGUGGAACUCGACACAAUGUUUUUGGACAUCCUAUUAUGGGCGAUUGACAAUCCUGCACCAUCAAAUUUGAUGGUAAUCUCAAAAAGCAUCUCAAAAGAAACAGAGCUCUUAAGUCUUCUUCAACAUUUGGAUUCAAGAGGCUACAAUAUUCUCGUUGCACAUGCGGAAGAAGCCGCAUCAACAGUGGUACCUUUUUCUGUAAGCUUCGAAUGGGUUUUGAAAGUCCUAUUUAGUGAAGGUAAUCCUCUCACCAGUGCUACCUUCUUCCAAGGUGAAAGCUCACAAGGUGUCCACAAUGAGCAGAUGGAAUCCUCUUUAAAGAGGAAAAAAUGGAAUGAGGCUAAUACAGCCGUCUUUUGGAACAUCGAGGACUGCCCAAUGCCUGGUGGUAUCGAUACUCAUAUGUUUCUUCAGAAUAUCAAAUCAGUUCUUACGAAUCACAGUAGUCAUGGUAACGUGUCAAUCACAGCUUAUUAUGAUAAUAAUAGAAGCCUUGAUGACUUCUCCCUCAGUGAUAAUAUCACCUUGGUGCACACAGGAGAUAAAUAUGCGAGAAUUAAGAAAAUGUUAAAAGACAUUCUUUUCUGGGCAUUGGAAAGUCCUAAAACAUCAAGUAUGUUGGUGAUCACAAGAAGCAUUACAAAUAAAGUUUGUGAUGUUCUUAUUGCUUUGAGUUCGAGAGAUUACAAUUUUCUCUUCGCAGACCCUUUUAUGGUCUCAUAUGUAAACAAUGUAUGGCUUUUGACAAGCCUAUUUGGUGGAGAAAACCCUAUAGACCUAUGCAUUGAAAGGAAUUUUCGAAAGCAGAUUGGUGCGCUUGAUUCUGAGGACUGA